AUGGAUCAACUCAAAGGUGCCUUGAACAGCUUCACUGGAGGCGACAACCAACAACAAGGCCAAGGCCAAGGCCAACAGGGCCAGAACCAAGGCGAUGGAGGAUUCCUAGGUGGUCUCGGUGACAAACUCAACUCUGCGGCCGGUGGUGGUCGAGAAUCAGAGAAGAACGAAGACGCACUUGACAAGGGCAUCGACUUUGUUCAAGAGAGGUUUCUAGGACAAGGACCACAAGACAAUGAGAGUGCCAUUGAACAGGCAAAGGAUGAACAGAUUUCCGACUUCAUUCGAAACCAAUACAAAUCGGCCACCGGUAACGACUUUCCUGUCAAGGACAAGAAUUGA